AUGGCUGCCAAUGUACCAGCAAGUCUAAAAGUUAUCCAGCCUUUUUUAAAGCUUGCAAAAGAAUAUGAAACUCGAGAUCCUGUUGUAGCAUACUGGAGUAAGAGACAAAGCUAUAUUUUCUAUAAUACAGUAAACACCCACCCUAUAACCCAUCCAACUUUGUAAACAUAUAGCUUAUUUAAUUAUCUGUACUUUUGAUUUUGACAGUGUUUCGUUUUAUAGGUCGCUUUCACGCAGUUCAAGUGGGUAUUAAAAAUAAAACUAAAGAUAAUGUUUCAUUUUUAAUGAACCUUAUGGAUCUGCUAGAAAAGGUAUAAUGCAGUUUAUACAAUUUGAUAGAAAAAAUCUGAUAAAAAAUUUAAGCAUAUUUAAUAAGAGACCCCAUUGCUGAAUUUUUCUCUGCACAGAGCAAGCAAAAUCAUACGCAGGAAGAAGCAGUUACGAAUGAUGUGGUUGCCCAAGCACAUUUGGAAAAUAAAGGAGUACAAUUGUUCUUAUGGGCUGAUACUGAAGACAGAGCUAGCCGAUUCAACAAGUAUGUAUUCUUCAAUGGUGCUGUCAACAGAAGGAUGUUGUCCUACAGUAUAUCCCAAACUUUGUUCCACAAUGGAGGAGCAGGGGAGUGUGUGAUUGUGGAAGACAAUCUAUUUGUUGACAGCAUGAAAUAGAUAAAUAGUUUGCAUAAUGAUACAAUAUUGGGCUAUAGAUUCCAUAUUUCUCUGCAGGAAUGUUGUCAAGUCAUUCUACUCUGCAUCUCUAAUAUUUGAUAUUCUUACAGUGUUUGGUGAACUGAAUGACGAGGUUUGUCCAGUUAAUAUUAUCACAUGAUCAUUAUCAUCACCUGGCCAUAAUUAGUACCACCAUCAUAACCACCACGACCAUCAUCACUACCAUAAUCAGUAUCACCACCAUCAUCUUGAUAGCAAUCAUCACCAUUUACAUUCUUGCCCCUAGGCAAACAUUUCAUGUACCUAACAGCUAACUAUAACAAGAUCUCCAUAGUUCUCAAGCUACAUUACAUUCUUUCUUGCAGAUUAUAGCACAAAGAAAAUAUUCCAAAUGGAAAGCUGCAUACAUCAACAACUGUUUAAAGAAAGGAGAGACACCUAUGCCAGGUCCCGUAGGUGGAGAAGACGAUGAUGUUCAACUGCCAAGUACAUCAAGUGGUCCUGCUACAGGGCUGCCCUACCCAGAACAACCUCCAAGCAAUAUGCCAGACCUUCCUCCCUCUGUUGUUUAUCCUCCGGCAGGGGCAACAGGUCAUACAGUACCAACAGUUCAAUACCCACCACAAUACCCACCACAACCUCAAUCACACCCUGCAACAAAUAGACAACCAGCACCAGUAAGUUGUUAAAGCUUUGAAUCAAAAUACAACCCUCCUUUAACUAGUUCCCCAUUUUUGUCUAGCUGUCAACUUAAAUAUACAUGUUUUACAAUAUGGAUGUGAAUAUGUUCAACAAAAUAAACAGCAUAAAACACUUUUAAAGUCAGGAAGUCUGUAAACAUGAUGACACAAGUCUCAGGGGGCUAAAGUGGGUAACUUUUAUAUAGGUACAUACAAUUUUGAUUUUACACAAAAAUUGAGCAUUUUUGAGAUGGUGAUUAAUCAGGUGCAUUCAUCUUUUUUCAGGCGGAUCCCACAGGUCGACCUAAACCUAAACCUCGUACAUCAUCUGGGGUUCGUUUGGAAGCUACGGACUAUACAAAAGCUCAAAAAUAUUGCAAAUAUGCUUCAAGUGCUUUGCAAUAUGAGGAUGUCCCUACAGCAAUCGAUAACUUACAGAAAGCUUUAAGACUGUUACAAACAGGAAAAGAUGAUUCGGGAUGA